AUGCAUCUCAAGCGCAAUGAAGCCGAUCCUUUUUUGAAACGUAUCAUCACUGGUGAUGAAAAAUGGGUCAUGUACAGUAACAUUAUUCGAAAACGAUCAUGGUCCAAGCGUGAUGAACCAGCACAAUCCACAUCUAAAGCUGAAUUGCAUCAAAAAAAGGUCAUGUUGUCAAUUUGGUGGGACUACAAAGGUGUUGUGUAUUUUGAGUUGCUUCCAAGAAACCAGACGAUCAAUUCAGAUGUUUACUGUCAACAACUAUUGAAACUGGAUGAAGCAAUAAAAGAAAAACGGCCCGAAUUGGCAAAUCGCAAAGGAAUUGUGUUCCACCAUGAUAAUGCAACAUCUCUAAUAGUGCUGCAUGCGGCAGCAAUUAGUUUCGAUAGAUCGGGAACCGGGCAGUCUGGAAGCUCGCCGAGGGUGACGCUUCGGCUCAACCAGGUGCGGGGAGCGAGGGAUGAAAAGAAAGGAGGGGGCGCUACGAACUCCCGUCAGGGUGGCAUGAACGCACAGAAUCAGAGUCAAAUGGAAACUUCAACGAAGACGUCAAACGUCUCGUCGGGGACUGUAAAUGCUGUCUCAGGCUCAAGCACGUCUGGGAACCCACCGUCAACAGCCACUGACAGUGGUGACGUUUACGAGUUCAAAAGCUCGAAGGAACCAACACCGGUCAGAGGUGCAAGCUCAUCGCCAAAUCCUAAUCCUGAGAAAGAUAAAGAUGGCAACAAGUCUGCUGGUAGUCAGGGAAACCAAGGCAGUAGCAGUAGUGCGUCCACUGCUGGUGGCUCGACGACAUCCUCUGGCGAAACAACAACGACGUCAGCUACUACAGAUGAUACCUCUACAGUUUCGGCGUCGCCUUCAUCCAAACGUGCUUUUGAAAGUGAUAAUACCGAGGAACAAGACGAGGAAAAUCGUAGGAAAAAACGGAAAGAUUCGGAGCCUGUAAAAGAAAGUUUAAAAAGUACAGCAACCGGAAGACAGGGUACCGGCAGGAAUACUGCUAAUAUAGGGGAAAAGUGUACAAAGUCUGGUAAACAGGGUUCUGGGGCAACGUCUGGUAAGAGUAAUCAAAACACAACUUCUAUUAGCGCCGAUAGAAAAAGUCCAAGUACUGCCUCAAUGGUAAGUAGUCCAAAGCCUUCAAAUCCAUCUUGUUCGGCGACAAGUGUCAAAACAACUACACCGGCACCUCCCGAAUCUGACGGUGAAGACGAUAGGUCCAAAGGUUCAGAUUCCAAUUCAGCACCCAAAGUACCACCUUUGAAAAUAGUUAUUCCACAAAGUAGCACAUCUGAGCAAGAGCAGGGAAACAGAAAUGGGAAAAGUACAUCCAAUAGAAGUCAUCAGUUACCUUAUGUAGUCGCAAGUUCUAAUAGUAAUGAUUCAAUGGAUAAAGAUCAAAGCCAAUCUGCAAGCGGUACAACGAGUCCAACAGAAACUGGAACUAAUGUUAAAAACGAAGACAAAAAAGAUUUUAGUGGUGCUUUACACGGGGAGGAAAGAUCAACACAUCAUCAGAGAGUGCUUAGAAGUUCGCAUCGAUCCAGCAAUGGCAGUAAUGGCUCAUCAGCAUUGAAAGAAACUUCUACCUCGACGAGUGCCGGAAGUUAUUCGAACUCAUCUCCAUUACCAGCGACUACUUCAACAGAUCGUUCAAACAAUUCAUCACCGCAACAACGGCAUCAUUCACCAGCACCUGAAGUGGCUGGUUCCGAAUCUAAUAAGAACAGUUCAGCAGAAGCUUCGAAUAAUAGUGCUAGUUCAAAGGCAAAUGUUGUGAUGGAAAAGUCAGAAAAAAGUACUGAAGUCAGUGGGAAAAGUCAAAAAGAUAGCGGGGCAGAGAGUUCAGAAAACACUUCUACAACUACCUCGUCAACAACGUCGAAUGUGGGUACCCCAGCGCCACCGGUUGAACUGCAUCCCAGAAAAAGAAAAAUGAAACCCAAUAAAGAAGCACAACAAGCUGCUACAGCUGCCUCUAAUGAAGCAUCUGAAACAACGAAUACGGGUCCAGAAGUACAUCCACACGAUCAACCUAUUACCAAUUGUUUCCAAUUGUUUCUCAAUAUUAGGAAACAGAUUGAACGAAGAAGAAAAGGACUCUUUCCGGUUCAACCAAAACCACCUCAGGGCUUCAAGGACUAUUUAAUGAAUCGUUGUACGUAUGUAUUAGCCGGAAAUGCAAGCAAAGAACCGAAUGUUAAUCCUCCGGUGGGACUACAAGGUGCUAUGAAGGAUUUAUACAUUGAACAAGAGAAAGAGAGAUACCGUCUUCGAAUGCAGCAUGUUGUCGAAAAAGAGAAAUUAGUAUUAUCAGUGGAGCAGGAAAUUCUUAGAGUACAUGGCAGAGCUGCUAGAGCUCUUGCUAAUCAAUCUUUACCUUUUUCUGUUUGUACUAUAUUAAAAGAUGAGGAGGUUUAUAAUGUUAUUACUCCAGAACAAGAAGAGAAGGACAGGAAUGCAAGGAGUAGAUAUAAUGGCAGACUCUUUCUAAGUUGGUUACAAGAUGUGGAUGAUAAAUGGGAAAAAAUCAAGGAAGCAAUGUUGCUUAGACAUCACAAUGAAGCUGAAUCGCUACACGCUGUGCAAAGAAUGGAUUGGGAAUGGAAACUAAAAGAAGUUGGAUUAUGCGAAUUUAAAGCAACACCUCAGAUAGAAGACAUGCAUGUUCCAAUGGUACAUGUUUCGGAUGACUUUGAUUUGCUUCCAGCUUAG